AACCACUAACAGAUAGCUAUUAAAAUAGAAAUACUAAAUAGUUAAUAUCCAAUCGAACCAAACUCCCAAUCGGAAUCGGUGAUAUGGAGUGUCGAACCGGACAGAAGGAGAAAGCAAAGGAAGAGAUUCUACAUGAUCUACCGGUUCUCAGCUGUCAGUCUUGCGACUCAAGUAGCAAAUGAAAAGAUACCGUGGAGAAGAUUGCAUAACGCGAUUUCCUAUCAGAUUCGGAUUGAUAAUUAAUGUUGCGGGCCCAAAAAAGCCCCGUAGCCUAUUCGAAACAAAGCGGUGCAGUAAAUCCGCGCUUCUAUUCUUUUUACUAUAAAUACAUAACGCUCAUCUCCCCAGUCCUCUUGACAAUUGACAUCCGAUUCUCAAAUCGUUAAUAUUCACGGUCAUCGUUCUCUCCUCCCGUUUUCCUUCUUCCUAAUUCCUAUUGGAUUCUCGAUAAGCGCAAACACCAGACCAUCGCUCUCUCCCGAAUUAUACAAAUAGCUAUCUGCAAUAUCAAAGAAUUACGUUGAUUUCAAUCUCAAUUUCGACAGAUAAAGCUGUUAUGAUGGCUGCAGCAAUUGCUAAGAGGGACCGGUUUGGCCACCAUAAUGAUCAUAAAACGCGGGGAAUGGGAAAACCCGUGCUCACACCGAAGAGACUAGAUGCGAAAACUCUGCAGGGUAGAAUUAAUAAGAGAAUAUGGAAAGAAGCACAAAAUGAUGAUGAUGAGUGGUCACCCGUACCGAGAAAAAGAACUUCAGCUUCAUCCAAGAAAGUAAGGUUGACUCCUGAUUUUGAUUUCUCAAAGGGCAGCGGCAUUCCAAAGAAGCGGCGGAGUGCCUUAAAUAAGAGUAGUAGUUUUGUAGUUAUAGAUGUAGAGGAUGAUUCAGAAGAGGAAGUCUUAGAGCAACUGUGUAUUGUAAAUCUGAGACAAAGCAAAAGACGCAGAAUUUCAAAUAGGGAAGUAAGUAAAAGAAAUACCAGGGAUACAAAGGAGGAGAGUGUAGAUUUUGCAAAUGCUUCUUCCUGUACUUCAUCCUCUCUGUCAACUUCUACGUCAGCUGCUUCAGCUAUAAAGAGUGAAGACAGCAGCAACAGCACAUGUGCAAUGAGAAAUGUGAAGGCCAAAAUAGAAGCACGCCCAAAGUGUCAUCAGUGCAUGAAAAAUGAAAGAAAAGUUGUUGUCCCUUGCAGGAAGUGUAAAAGCAAAAUGUAUUGUAUACAAUGUAUCAAGCACUGGUAUCCAGAGAUGACAGAAGAAGAAAUUGCAGAACAAUGUCCAUUUUGUCGUCGAAAUUGCAACUGCAAUGUGUGUCUGCAUUCCAGUGGGUUGAUUAAGACAUCAAAUCGGGAAAUCACUAACAGUGAAAAGGUUCAGCAUCUAGAAUAUUUGAUCAAGUUACUGCUUCCAUUUCUGGAAAAAAUCUGUGAAGAACAAACGCUAGAGUUGCAAAUUGAGGCUAGCAUUCUUGGUUCCGUACCUGAGGUAGCUGAGAUCUUCUGUAACAACGAUGAGCGUGUCUUUUGCAACCAUUGUGCAACUUCUAUUGUUGACUUCCACCGCAGCUGUCCAAAAUGCAUUUAUGAAUUGUGUCUCCAUUGUUGUCAAGAACUUCGUGAAGGAAGUUUGUCAAGCCGUGAUGAAAUAAAGUUUCAAUAUGUAAACCGAGGAUCUGAUUAUAUGCAUGGUGGAGAUCAAUUGCCUGGUGGUUUUGAAAAUCCUGAGGAUCGAAGUGAACCACCAACUUUCCAGUGGAAUGCCAAUUGUGAUGGUAGUAUUUCUUGUGCCCCAAAAGAAAUGGGUGGUUGUGGUGAUUGUUUGUUGGAGCUAAAGCGUAUCCUUCCAGUGGGAUGGAUUUCAGAGUUGAAAAAAGAGGCGGGUGAUUUAUUGGGUUUCUUUGACACUGAAAAGAAUAAUUUGACUUGCAAAUAUUCUGAAGCAGGGGAAGAGAUGUUGUUGAGAGCAGCUUACAGAGAAGGAUCUGAGGAUAAUUACUUGUAUUGCCCACCUUUCAGUGACAUUCAAGAGGAUGUAGGGCUUUUUCACUUUCAAAAGCAUUGGGUUAGAGGUGAACCUGUUAUUGUUCGUGAUGCACUGGAAAAAACAACUCGUUUGAGCUGGGAGCCAAUGGUCAUGUGGCGUGCAUUAUGUGAAAAUGUGGAUUUAGAGACAAGUGCUAAGAUGUCUGAAGUGAAGGCCAUUGAUUGCCUGGCUAGUUGUGAGGUGGAAAUUAAUGCUCGACAAUUUUUCAAGGGCUAUAUAGAAGGGAGAAGAUAUAAAAAUUUUUGGCCUGAGAUGCUGAAGCUGAAGGAUUGGCCACCGUCCGAUAAGUUUGAGGACCUUUUGCCACGCCACUGUGAUGAGUUUAUCAGCGCAUUACCUUUCCAAGAAUACAGUGACCCCAAGGCUGGCAUCCUUAACUUAGCCGUUAAAUUUCCGCCAGGGCUACUCAAACCAGACCUGGGUCCAAAAACUUACAUUGCUUAUGGAACAACAGAAGAGCUUGGAAGAGGGGACUCUGUGACCAAUCUUCAUUGUGAUAUGUCAGAUGCGGUGAAUAUUUUGACACAUACUGCGGAGGUGGCUUUAAGCGAAGAACAGCAAACUGCCAUUCAGAAGCUGAAAAGGAAACAUAGGGAACAAGAUGAGAAAGAACGUCAAGAGCUACAUGAAGUAGUUGAGUGCUGUAGAAACUGGAAAGAGAAGGACGUAUUGGAAGCUACUGAGCUAGAUAUGGAGAUUUCAGACAAUAAGCUAAGAGAAGAGACAGAACCUGGUUUGAUUGCUAGAGUGGAAUUAGAGGAGACAUGUGGUGCAUUGUGGGAUAUUUUCAGAAGAGAGGAUGUCCCGAAGUUAGAAACAUAUCUAAGAAAGCACUCAAAGGAAUUUAGGCACACAUACUGUUGUCCAGUGGAACAGGUUGCCCAUCCAAUUCAUGAUCAGUGUUUUUAUUUAACUUCGGAGCAUAAAAAGAAGCUGAAAGAGGAAUUCGAAGUUGAACCUUGGUCAUUUGGACAGAGAGUUGGAGAAGCCGUAUUUAUCCCUGCUGGUUGCCCACAUCAAGUUAGGAAUCUCAAGUCAUGUACGAAAGUUGCAGUAGAUUUUGUCUCUCCUGAAAAUCUCCAUGAGUGCUUUCGCUUAACUGAGGAGUUUCGGCAGCUUCCAAAGAAUCACAAGGCUAGAGAAGACAAACUUGAGGUCAAGAAAAUGAUUAUAUAUGCAAUUGAACAUGCAGUAAAAGAUUUGAAAGAGCUAAUAUUAUCCAGCGGCGAUGAGUUUACUUCAAGCAGAGCAGAAAACAGUAGAAGAUUUGAAAGAGCUUAGAGCUAAUAUUAUUCAGCAAUGAAAGCAGCAGCUAGAGAAAACACCACUAAUUGUUUUUUUUUUUCAAAUUUUGAACUAAUUGUUAACUCCCUUUGAUAGGAAUUAAUGCCAGUCUAGGUCAAUUCUUUGGCAGCUUGUAACAGGUAGCAAUUUUUUUGAGAGAUAUAAAAGAAAGUAUACCUUGAUAUUA